GUGAACUGGCUUUGUGGCUGCACGCUGGAGGAGGCUGCUCUGUUAGGACUUGUCUUCUGUCCAGUGACGCCUAAAAGAGUCCCUACUGUACCAAGAAGUGCUAACAUUGUCCACCACCCUGCAAACAAUCAAAAUGAGUAGAAAGGACGCUCCCCUCUGUAAGCAGCUGUCUUCACCAUGCUUAGGGAAAGAAAUGCCGCGGCUUUUCCCAAGAAUUUCAAUAAGUGAUGUGGAUGAGAGGGUACGCCUGCUAGCAGAGAAGGUUUACGCCUCGGCCCUGAUGGAGGAAGACACCAAAGAUGCUAUGGCACUGUUCACUGUGCCAGAAGACUGUCCCAUUGGUCUGCAUGAGAACAGAGAACGGGCGCUGCACAAAGAGCUGUCUGAGCAACAUUCUGAAGAGUCUGCUAAGAAGAGGUUGAGUUUCAUGUUGAAGCGUUCGCAGUCAGUAUCUUUACAGAUACCAAUCUGUGGUGACCGGGCCCUGGCUAAGGAUUCCCCAUUGCUCACCCCAGUCUCAGCUGAGCAUGAGAGCUUCCCGGACUUUCAGAGAGUUACCAUCAGCGGAGAUUACUGUGCAGGGAUCACAGUUGAGGAUUAUGAGCAAGCGGCUCAGAGUCUCAUCGGGGCACUGUUCAUCAGAGAGAAGUACUCCAGGCUGGCCUACCACCGUUUCCCCAGGACCACUGCCCAAAUCCUGCGCAAUGCUGAAAAUGAGAAGUGGCAGGAGGAAGAUGAAGUCUUGCCAGACAUCUGGCCUACCCCUAAUGAAGGGGAGGACCCAUAUUCCAUGGAGGGUAUUCCUGAGGACUUGAACUAUGAGCUGCAGAUGAAGGAUGGCAUAGUUCAUGUUUACGACAAUGCCGAGGCCCUAAAACAACAACAACUUCACAGCCUCCCUUACCCCGACCUCGAGACAUUUGCCAUAGACCUGAGCCAUGUCCUCGCUAUGAUAGCUGAUGGUCCGACGAAAACGUACUGCCACAGACGGUUGAACUUCUUGGCCUCUAAAUUUUACCUACAUGAAAUGAUGAAUGAAAUGGCAGAGCUAAAAGAGCUGAAAAGUGUUCCCCACAGAGACUUCUACAAUGUUAGAAAGGUGGACACACAUAUACAUGCUGCUGGUUGCAUGAACCAGAAGCACCUGCUGAAAUUUAUAAAGGAAACAUCCCAAACAGACGCAGAUCGAGUGGUUUUGGAGAAAGGCAGUCAGAAAAUCACACUCAAGGAAGUCUUCAACAAGCUCCACAUGGACCCAUACGACCUCACCGUCGACUCGCUGGACGUGCACGCUGGAAGACAAACAUUUCACCGGUUUGACAAGUUCAACUCAAAGUACAACCCUGUGGGAGCCAGCGAACUGAGAGAGAUCUACUUGAAGUCAGACAACUACAUCAAGGGAGAAUACUUUGCACGUCUCAUCAAGGAAGUAGCUAAAGAGCUGGAGGACAGCAAGUACCAGCACGCUGAGCCUCGUCUGUCGAUAUACGGACGCUGUCCCAGUGAGUGGGAGAGCCUGGCGAGCUGGUUCAUCCAACACAAGGUUCACUCACCCAACAUGAGAUGGAUGAUCCAAGUUCCCAGGAUCUAUGACAUUUUCAGGUCAAAGAAAUUAGUACCACACUUCGCUAAGAUGCUGGAAAACAUUUUCCGUCCCCUCUUUGAGGCAACAGUCAAUCCGCAGAAGCACAAGGAAAUACAUGUUUUCUUAAAAUAUGUGACAGGAUUUGACAGUGUGGAUGAUGAGUCCAAACACAGUGACCACAUGUUCUCUUACAAAAGCCCAACGCCUGAGGCAUGGACCACAGACGACAACCCUCCCUACACCUACUACCUGUUCUACAUGUAUGCCAACAUCAUGGUGCUAAACAACCUGCGCAAGGAGCGAGGACUGAACACUUUCCAGUUUCGUCCCCACUGCGGUGAGGCUGGUUCCAUCACCCACCUGGUCUCUGCCUUUCUCACAGCUGACAACAUCUCCCAUGGACUCAACCUCAAGAAGAGUCCAGUCUUGCAGUACCUGUACUACCUGGCCCAGGUCCCGAUCGCCAUGUCCCCUCUGAGCAACAACAGCCUGUUCCUGGAGUACUCCAAGAACCCUCUGCGGGAGUUUCUACAAAAAGGCCUGUGUGUGUCUCUGUCCACAGACGACCCCAUGCAGUUCCACUACACCAAGGAGGCUUUGAUGGAGGAGUAUGCCAUUGCAGGACAGCUGUGGAAGCUGAGCACCUGUGAUUUGUGUGAGAUAGCCAGGAACAGUGUGCUGCAGAGCGGCCUCUCACACCAGGAGAAGAAACAUUUCAUUGGUUCCAACUAUUUACAGGAUGGACCAGAGGGCAACGACAUUCGGAGGACAAAUGUGCCACAAAUCCGCAUGGCCUACCGCCAUGAGACUCUGUGCAAUGAGCUCAGUUUUCUAGUGGAUGCAAUGAAGACGGAGGUUGGCGAUAGCUCAGCUGAGUGACUGAGUGCACCAGCAAAAAGUGCACCGUGAUACGUUCGGAGCAUGGGUUACACAUAAUAUCAAUAAAUCAAUAAAUAUUGUUGACCCAGAUUAGAAAAAAAGUAACAAAAAAAAAAAAAAAAAAAUCAACGUUAAAUAACAAACAUGUUAUUUAACGUUGACUUUUGUGCAGGCAUUUGGGGGGAAUACUACUGCAGCUUGAUAAAACAAGCUCUUAAGAUUGUAUUCAAUGAUGUGUCUAUGAACUUUGCCAAUCCCUGAGUGCCUCAUUUUACUAAAAUAGAAUUUAUUUCCUUUUGAAGAGAGUGAUAUCUAUUUACAUUUUAGACACAAGAAAACCUAAGUAGGGCACAGUCACACAUACGCGGCUGUAGCAGGGAUGAACCUUUGCCUCCUGUUCACUUCCAAUCUGUGCAAGUAAGGAGAUAAAAAAAAAACUUUGCUUCCUGGGCCAAAGCAAAUCCGCAGCCUGGCAUAACAUGGAGUUCAACUUUGGUAAACCUUGACCAGUGAUAUUCACUUUGCAUUCAUGUAUUUGUGUGCCUGUGCCUCGGGAAUGGACACAUUAAGAAGCAGCAUAUCAAAUUAUUUCCACUGAGUUUCCCAAAAUUACAAGUUUGGUUAUUGUUUUGUUUUGUGUCACUUUCACAUAGAUGCAUGUUUCAAAUCAUGAGAUUUCAAACCUAUCAUCCAUUUCAAUUUUUAAAAAACUAAUAAUUUAAGGCAGCAGUCCGAUUUGCCUUUUCACAAUUAUUUUAUAAAUGCAUGAUUUUGUCAGAUGAACAAGAGCCCAGGGAGAUACUCUCAGACUAAUCAGGUGUAAUCAAAUCAAAAACGUCUGAUAAACUUUGUGUGUAACUAGAAAUAUUUUUUUUAUGUUUGUAAUAUCUCCUAGUUUUUAACAUGUAAAAUAAAGAUCUGAACAUAAUAACAUA